AUGGCAACCUCUCCACCGGAAAUGUCCCGUUUCGACCUGCCUGGGCUGAAUCUGCCCCUGAAUUGGACUCCAAAUGAACAAUACACGAAAUAUGACCAUGGACGUAACCAGGAUACGCCAGCUAUAGUGAUGCCUGCCCAAGGUUAUGGAAAGAAUCUCUUCCCAGUGGCAUUGAACGAUGCCGACAAUUCUGGCGGUUAUACCCACCUCUAUCUGACGACUUUACGAGAGUUCACAAUGCUCCAUAUCAUGAAUGCAUUGACGGACAAGCCUGGAUGGGAAGAGAAAGUUUUUGAUGAUACCAUUGCAGAGAAGUGGAAGAGCGAAGCAAUGUCAGCUCCUGGUCGUGAUGUGACAGAGAAGAUGGCUAAUUGGGUGAUUGACGAGCUUCGCUGGAAGGCAAAGACCUUCAAAGAGACCGGUGCCGUAUCAGUCUACAAUGGAGACGUUGUGAAAUCAGACGUCGCCAUCCCCGAAUCCAUCAAGAAGGCACUCCAGGAACAAGCUCGGAGAUUGGAAGACAUCCCAGCUAUCUACAAGGAUUAUCACCCUGGCUCAAACGGAAAGGUUCUCGAUCUCGUCCAUCCAUCCUUGUUCCCUCUGAUCUAUGGUACAAGUCGCGUGCUAAAGGAUAGCUUGAUUGGCUUGGAAGACUGCAUUCCUAGCUGUGGCAAAGGCGAAAUUAUCCCUAUUCGAAACGAUAAAGAGACAAAGCUUGAUCGUAAAGGAAGCCACUCAUAUGGGUAUGGGGAAGAUCCAUCGCCAUAUGGUAAAGACUUUCAAUGGCUUCCAUGUGAGGUUGAUAUCACAGGCGGUAAUGCUAAGAUUACGAGCUACAUCAACAAUCUCCAUCCUCAGAAGAACAAGGAGCUCUAUGCCAUCAUUGAGAGCGUGAUUACCAGAACUAUUCCGUUGUGGAACAUGACUCUCACACCUCUCAGAGAAGGUUACAGCACGAGUUGGCGGAUUGAGUACCAACUCGAGUAUGAGGUUGACCCGGAGGAUAUGGCCGAAGACCUCAAACCACAGCAAGAAGAAGGCGAAGAUGAAGACGACUACUGGGAAAGACGUGAGCAGUGGGAGAACGAUAUUCGCAAGGCGAAGCAACCCGAGCCAGGGGAGUUUGAACCGAAAGAACUACCAGAGACUGUUGACCUGGUCAAAGAUUAUGCUCGUCGUGGACUCCAAGUCAUCGUCAAGCUUGCGAACAUCGAGCUUACUCCAGAAAACCCCGAGUACGAGGGAGGCACUUGGCACGUCGAGGGACAGCUCAACGAGCACAUCUGCGCAACAGCAUUAUACUACUACGACAACGAGAAUAUCAUGCCGAGCCAGCUCGCUUUUCGACAACAAUCCGAUGCAGAUGAAGCCUCUGAGAUGGUAUGUAGCAUCGAAACUGUUCUGCUCUUCUUGUCAUUCAGGAGUGCUAACUUACACCUUGCCCUAUCCUCAAGGAGUUCACGACUGGCUGACAGAGAUCUACGGCUGCGAAAAUGA